UGUAACGCUGCACCCUGUGCUCCGGCCUGGCUCCCUCUCAGGCUCUGCUGCAGAGGAGGUCCAGCCCAAAGCCCUUCCCAGGGCGGGGCUCGGCUCUGUGGUCCCAGCCAGAGAGCAGCCAGGCGGAGGACAGUGGUGCGGUCAGCAGCAGAGCACAGAGUGCGAAGAACAGGCGCGGAGAGGAUGCUGCUCUCAGAGCCCAGGGCGCUGCUGCUCCUCCUCGCCAUGCUCCUCGUCCCCUCUGGCUGGAUACCUGCGGGGGUCAGCGGUCAGCGAGGAGAUGACGUGACUGAAGAAACAUUCACAGAUGACCCUUAUCUGGUGAAUGAUCCUUCUACUGAUGAGACAGUUCUGGCUGAUAUCGAGCCUUCCACAGAUGAGCUGGCUUUGGCCAAUGAUAAAAACGCCACUGCAGAGUGCCGAGAUGAGAAGUUCACGUGUACGAGACUCUAUUCAGUGCACCGGCCAAUCAAGCAAUGCGCCCACCAGAUCUGCUUCACCAGCUUGCGGCGUAUGUACAUCAUCAACAAUGAGAUCUGCUCCCGCCUGGUCUGUAAGGAGCACGAAGCCAUGAAAGAUGAGCUGUGUCGCCAGAGGGCAGGUCUGCCUCCCAGGCGACUCCGUCGCUCCAACUACUUCCAACUUCCACCCUGUUAGAAGUGAAUCCGCAGAGACCCGGGGCCUGUGAUCAUCGGAAAAAGGAAAGAAGGAAAAAUGGGAAUUCUGCUUCUCCAUCCAGUCAUAGACAUCAGUAUUCCUCAAGCCAAUCCACUUAUAAUGUCUAGUUUUUCCCCUGCUCCCUAAUUUUUCACGGAGCCUCUAACAUUUAUCUCAUUUUUCAGUACUUUAAAUACAAUCGUUGCAUAGUUUUGCUGCUUUCCAGUAUCAUAGGCUCAGGGGGUAAAGGCCGAUCACCUGCUUGAUAUAGAAACAUUCUACAUACAGUUUUCAGAACAGAAUAAACUUCAGGUUAAUGUUUUGUUCUUUUUUUUUUGGUAGUGCUGGGAAUGGAACCCAGGGCCUCAUGCAUGGUAGGCAAGAGCUCCAGGACUGAGGGCAGCCCCUGCCUCUGAGUUAGUAACUAUUAAAUCUACUAGAGACAGAUCUUAGGGUGGAAGAUGCUAUUCUUGUCUGUUUUGGCCAUAGAACUUCAUUUAUAUUCCUUUCCUAGUUCCUAGAAUAACUCUUCAUCAUUUCUCCACAUUCUUUUUCACUAUUUUGCUCUGAUUGUUCUAAAUUUUGCCUGGGAGGUUUUCUUGAUGAGAUGGAUGAUGGUAAUUUUUGUAGGUGAUUUCUAGGAGAUUCUCCAACAGAGCUGAGUUUAUAAUCUCAGGUAAAUACACGAAGACCCAGUACUGUGUUCUGCCAUGCACAGAGGCUGGGCUACAGAGAGAACAGUGCCGGGCACAGAACUUGGGCUCUUAAUGCCAGUCUGUCGAGCCUUCAUCCCAGCAGGAAAUAGGGCUGGAAGUGACGUCUCAUUUACUUACUCGUGUGUGGUGGUGCUGGGGUUGGCCACCUCCAAAAAGCAGGUUAAACUCCUUGUGAAACUGUACUCAUGUUUCUGGCUUUCCUUGAAUUGUUGCUACUCCUCCAUCCUCACCAGUUCCCCAGUGCACAAAUGGCUUCUAGAAUAUCCCAAGUUGAGUCCUAAGAAGGGAGUGCAGAUCUGAACAUCAAUAGGCUAAUGUUUAAAAUGAAAGAGGAAAAGAAACACAGCAUUCAGACACUUAUCUUGGCUCUGGCAGUAACCAUGCAGCCUCAGAGAAAGCUGCAUUUUUCUUUAGGAGGCCCUGGUUUAAUUUCCUCAUCUUUUGUUACUUUAAGGUUUUUAUUCUAUGAUUCUCUGCAUUUAAAUGCACAUGAAAGCCUAGAUAUACUGCAGCCACAUUCACAGCAAGAUGGUCUGCUUGCUUUGUCCUCAGUAUUGACCUCAGUCCAGCAAUGGGACCAUGGCAGUUCUGGGGUUGAACCCAGGGCCUCCUGCGUGCUAGACAGACACUAUGCUGAGGUACACUCCCGGCCACCAGAAUCCCACUUUAGUAAGUGACAAAUAUUUGUAACGAACCCUUCUUUCUGAAUAAUAAAACCUUUCUAUAAAAGCCAGUGGAAUUCAAAUAGGAACUAGCAGACAGAAGUCACAUAUGACAAUAGGCGUUGGAUUCCUUUUCAUGUAGCCGAGAAAACUAGUGAAAUGAGGCUCAGAUUCCUGCUUUUCCUUCCGUGGUGCUGAGAUUGAACCCAGGCCAACAACUCACCAAGGAACUGCACCCUCGGCCCUAUUUCAUUUUCAGACAGGAAGUCACUAAAUUGCCCAGGCUGGCUCCUAACUGGAGUUCUCCUGCCUCAGCCUGCCAAGCAGUAGGAACAGUAGGCAUGUGGCAGUACACCUGGCUAUGGCUGUGUCCUCGCUGUUAGAGGACAGGGGUUGAGGUGUAGCUCGGCGGGAGAGCACUUGCCUAGCAUGAGCGUUAGCCUGGUUUCGAACCCCAGGAUGGCCAAAAAAAAAAAGAAGAAAGUAUUUUCAGUUUAAUGGGAUUUGUACAACUGAUGAAAGAGAAAUACACACACAUACAAACCCAAUUCAUGGGAUCUCUGCUUCACAUAGUAUCUAGAGUUACAUAUAUUCAUAUAUAAACAUAUUAAAUCCAUAUUGUAGCUGCUAUUGAGAGAUGCCAUAGGCACAGAUUUUCUAAGAAUUUCUUCAAAAUGCUCAAAACCCGAAGUAAUAAGGAGAUGGAAACACUAAUGAAGCUCAUCUGAUCAGUGCAUAUUGUAUACAUGUAUUGAAAUCUCACACAUACUUCAUAAGUACAUACAAUUAUUACAUGUUAAUAAAAAUGUAAACAAAAAUGUUUAAGGAGAUGGAACUGUUACCUACCCUGAUAUGAUCAUUGCAUGCUGCAUACAUGUAUUGAAUUAUUACACUGUCUGCCAUACAUUUGUAUACUUAACAUAAUAAUCAACAACUGAAAAAUCAAUACUAAUGUAUAUUUUAGGAAAUAUUUUAAAAGGUACUUUGUGCUUGGAACUUGGGAAAAUACAGAAAAGAAAAAGUUCUCAUGAACUUGCCCCUCCGGCUGCCUGCUGAACAAGACAGGACUGACAUUCCCCAAGGGCAGCACCUCAGCCCCAGCAUUGUACGAAUCGCAAAUUAAAUAUCUUAACAUGAAUUUUUAUCCAGCUUCUUUCUCAGAAUAAACUGGCCCUUGGUCUGGU